UGGUCAAGAGAGAAGUCCUCCGAUAGAACGUCCGAUUGGGCGGCUGCUGUGACGUCACCAGCGCGACGCUGGGCGCGCGAGGGUUUGAACGGGCGCUUGGCGGCGUCGCCAUGGAAACGUGGUCUAGCAGGCGCCAGUAAAGUUUAGAGAGAGAGAGAAAGAAAGCGGGAAACUGAGUUAAAAGGACGAAGGAGAAGCAGAGAAAGAAAGAAAGAGAGAGAGAGAAAGAAAGAGAGAGAGAGAGAGAGGCGUCUUUCGUUUUGUUGUUUUAAUAUAUAUAUAUAUAUAUAUAUUUAAUGUCCAAUGUUUCCCAAGGAGUCUUGACCUUUGCCCUGUUGCCAUGGCGACGGGGAGAUGGCGGCCGGAGCCUCUUGGCGCCUUCACUCUCCGCUUCUCGUGGAAAGAGCCUCGGCGCCUGAGGUAAGGAGCCUGGGAUGGAAGAAGAAGCAGCAAGACCCAAGGCGGCCAUGGCAGUCUAUGGAGGACUGCGAGGGGCAGCUGCACUGCGGAUGUAACGCGGUUUCAUAACACUUUUGCAGCUCCGGCCCAUGGAGCCCUCAGAGCCCUCCGCCUUCUGAGCUGAAGAGGAUCCCAGUGCCCCUCCCUUCGGGGACCCAGUUGGUAUCAUAGAAUGUGUCUUCUAUCAUAACAGCAUUGAUCUUCCAGGGACCCCUCUGACCCUCCUCCUCCUCCUCCUCCUCUGCUGGGCUGCCUGGGGCUUCCACCAGUUCCAGGGAAGGAGAUCCGGCCCCGCUGCUGCUGCUGCUGCUGUAAGAGACCUCCUCGUUGGGCAUCAAGCAGGGGCUCAAGAUGGUUGUGACUCAUGUUAUCCCUAACAUGCCUCACAGAUAGAUGGAGAACCAAGAGAGCUCUGUAGAGGACAGCUGGGAAGGGAUAACAAUUUGAUGAAUGAAGAUCAAGGUAGUGUACCUUGUUCUCCCCCUGCCCAUCAUAUCCUCAAAACAACUUGGUGAGAAGGAGUAACUGGCCUGAAGUCACCCACUGAGCUUCAUGGUUGAGUGCAGACUUUGAAUCGAAGAUGGCUUCAUGUCUCUACGAAUGCCUCUGUGAGGCAGAACUUGAAAAAUAUUACCCCCAUUUUACUGCCCUUGGUUUUCAGAAGAUUGACGAACUUGCCAAGGUCUCUAUGAAAGAUUAUGCCAAACUGGGGGUACACAACAUGAAAGACCGUAAGCGUCUCUUCCAGCUUAUUCGAAUCAUCAGAAUGUUGCAGGCGGAAGAAGCAACAGCAGGGAGAAAGCAACAAGGUUUUCAGGCUGGUGCUAUCCACCUUCAAUCUCAAGUGACCAGAUCUGGCCCUCGGAGACAACUCCACUUUGAUUCUCUCUCAGAAGAAAGAGAUGGAAGGAAAGAUCUUGAACCCAGACUGUGUGUGUUAUCUAGUUGCCCUGGAAGUGAAGAGAAAGAUGAUUUAGCUGCUGUGUUAAAUCAUCAUUCUGAAUACAAAAGACCCAGGAAAGAGUCUUUGAAUGCCUCUUCAACAUGGACAGAAUACAAAGUGGGCAUUCCAGUUAGCAGCUCAUCGAAUGAUAUUGCCCCUCUCUUAGGGGACAUUGAGACCCCUUUUGUCCAAAGAGUAUCUCAUGUUUCAGGUUAUAAUUAUGGAGUACCACAUUCUUGUAUCAGGCCUAUUUCUUCUGAGAAAGAGACUCCAUGGACUGAGACAGACAAGAUCCGUGUCUGUGUUCGAAAGCGUCCCCUUGGCUUGAGAGAAGAACGGCGUGGAGAAGUGAACAUCAUCACAGUGGAAGACAAAGACACUCUCCUGCUCCAUGAGAAAAAGGAGGCUGUGGACCUGACCCAGUAUAUUUUGCAGCAUGUGUUUUACUUUGACGAAGUCUUCGGGGAGGCUUGUUCCAAUCAGGAUGUAUACAUGAAGACUGCUCACCCCCUCAUCCAACACAUUUUCAAUGGUGGCAAUGCCACUUGUUUUGCAUACGGGCAGACAGGUGCUGGUAAGACCUACACUAUGAUCGGCACGCACCAAAACCCAGGACUCUACGCACUGGCUGCUAAAGAUAUCUUCAGGCAAUUGGAAGCAUCCCCAACUUGUAAAGACCUUCAUAUUUGGAUCAGCUUUUAUGAGAUCUACUGUGGGCAGCUUUAUGACUUGCUAAAUGGAAGGAAGAGACUGUUUGCAAGGGAAGAUAGCAAGCGUGUUGUGCAGAUAGUCGGGCUGCGUGAGAUCCAAGUCAGUACCGUCAACCUGCUUCUAGAGGUAAUUUUGAAAGGAGGGAAGGAACGAAGUACAGGGGCGACUGGUGUAAACUCGGAUUCCUCCCGUUCCCACGCCAUUAUCCAGAUUCAGAUUAAAGAUCCAACAAACAGAGUAUUUGGGAGGAUCUCCUUCAUUGAUCUAGCUGGCAGUGAGAGAGCAGCUGAUGCCAGAGACUCUGACAGACAGACAAAAAUGGAAGGGGCAGAAAUAAAUCAAAGUCUCCUGGCGCUGAAAGAAUGCAUCCGUGCCUUGGAUCAGGAACAUGCUCACACUCCAUUCAGGCAAAGCAAACUGACUCAGGUCCUAAAAGACUCUUUUGUUGGUAAUUCCAAGACAUGCAUGAUAGCCAAUGUCUCACCCAGCCACAUCGCAACAGAACACACCCUAAAUACCUUACGGUAUGCUGACAGGGUGAAGGAGCUGAAGAGGGGGAUUAAGUGUUGCACACCUGUUGUGAGCAGACGGCGGGUGACAGCAAACUGGUCUCCUAAACGUAUCCAGAGUUCUUCUUGUUUCCAAGCUGGGGAAAAAAACUCACCCAAGAAAGUAAAGCUGGGCCUUCAGCACCCAGCAACCCCUGCAGCUUUGCCCAAGACCAAGGUUUCACCAGUGCUGUGCCACCCAUUUUCUUCUGCCCCAAAAGGACAGGCCCGCAGAGGGCAUUUGGGUACUCAGGAUUGGCUCGGCUGCAGUAGCCUGGUGAAAUACACACCGAGAACAGGAGCAUCAGCCAAGAAGAUGACUGAGGAGCCCUCUCUGCAUCCUGAGAAGAAUGCUUUUGGGAAGGACUUCAUGGCCAAGGCAGCAGAUGGCCAAGGAGAAAGGUCACGGGUUAAGUGCCUAAAAGUCCAGCCUGUGCAGAAACAGCUGGUUUCCAGAGCAGACUUUUCCUUCGGUGACAGUGACCGGUCCUUGGCCCACCCAGAGGAAGGUGGAAGGCUCUUUGCAGAGCAGUGUGCUGUGACGUGGACAGAUCUCCCACCCCAUCAGAAAGACAGGGAGCAACACCUCCGCCUAUACCACCAGCAGUUCCAGAAGCCUCCUAUUCUGCAGCAGAAGCUGAGCUACCAACCUCUGGAGAAGUUUUUAGCCCAGUACAAACCCCAGGAGGUUCAGGUGAAGGAAGAGCCCCCUUGCCAGACUCCUCUUUCCCCCCAGGACUGUGAUGAGACAAUGCAGCUAGAAGAUCUGGAUGACAGCGACUUCAGCGAGGACUCCUUCUCUCCUGGAUCAAGCCAGAAGAAGGUUGAGAGUCAAGCUAAAAGGGAAAGCACCCAGGAUUCAUUUUUCCUCCAUCAGAGGGAGUGUGGGACUGAGGGAUGGGAGGUCCAGGGUGGACAGGAACUGUUUUCCAGAAAGUCUGAGAAUAAAAGUAGGGAAGUUUUGUUAGGACUGGAGGAGGCUGCUGGGUGUAAGGAAGACAGUAAGAGUCCAUCUGACAAGAGCACAGAAGCAUUCAGUUCCUUUCCAAAGAAUGACACACCAGAGAAACCUUACUGCUCACAGGAUGACAACAUUGUAUGUAACAGCAUAAGCAACACAUCUAUUCCUACACCAAAGCAGCCCAGAUAUACAGAUCUACCUCUAAAUUGCCCCAGCGAGUGCUUCUCUGUGCCAGAAAAGUCAGCACAAAGUCCACCAUUUGACCACAUGUUGGCAUCUGCAAGCUGCAUCUCUGAUGGCCUGACAGAAGAAUCUCUUCAAGGUAAUCAUGCCCCCCCUUUCAGAGUUUGCAAGAAAAAAGUGCCCCCCAAAAGGAACAGGCCUUGAUGGGGCUCUGAAUUGUUCAGUGGAAUUUCCUGCAGAGAUGACUCCCUUGACAGUGUCCCUCCUCAACACUGACACUCCAAGGGAAGAGCAUUCCCCCCAGGGACAAAGAAAAAUGGUGCACAAGGAAGAGGAGGCAGGC